UGCCGAGACACGCAGGUAGAUAAGUGUUGUACUGUUAUCGUUACAUGAUGUUAUAAACUCUAUGAAAUUAUCGCUGAGACAUUAACCUAUUUGAGGGUCUCUCUGGCCAGACGGACGAGAGGUGUGACAGAUUGCAGCAUAGCCCUUUCUCAGCGUGACUCCUGUGAGCUGUUAGGGAGCUGAGCAUGGCGCUGGCAUGCUCCCAGGACGCCAGGCCCUUCCUCAGUGAGACCGGUCACGGCAGCAGCGCUGUGUCCCCCGACUAGGGCACCGAGGACCCCAUGUUGUCGGGCAGCUGGCGUCGCUCGGGGGGCCACUCGCCCGCCGCCUCCAGGGCGGCCGCUGGAGGGAGCGGCGGCUACGGCGGGCCCUCCGCCGUAGUGGUACUGGAGGCCCAGUAUGACUACUCGUACCGCGGCGCGGACGGGCGCACGGUGUCCAUGCGGGAGGGGGAGCGCUUCGUCCUCCUCCGGAAGGCCAACGCCGACUGGUGGCAGGUGCGCCGGCUCGGGGUGGCCGGCAAGACCAAGCCCCUCUACGUCCCAGCCACAUACGUGGUGGAGGUGUCCAGCACGCCCGUGCCCCCGCCGAAGCCCGCCAUCACCGCCUCUCUUUCGGCCUCGAAUGUGAGGCUGCUGCCUCGGGCCUCUCUCAGUCCCUGCUCAAAGAUGCCGUGCCCAGCCACCAAAACCUUCUGUCGUUCCAUGGAGGAUCUCAACUCCAGCAGCAGUGCCUUCGGGGGUGGAGGAUUGGACACAGGCUCGGCAGCGGGGCGGUUCACGACGCUGCCCCUCCCUGGACCCACCUACCCCAACACGUCCCCGUCGGGGCACCUCCUGGUCCCCCUGGCGGCCGGCGGCCCCAUACCUCGCAGCAAGAGUUCGAGCAACCUUCCGCAGAACCCGUACGAUGACCGAGCGGGGGGCAGUGGCAGGGCCACGCCUGUGGGCGGGAGCCCCUCCAAGUCCUACAGCCAAUGGGACAUGGCUGAGGCUGCGCGUAGGCAUAGCCAUCUGCAGCUGACCGCGCAGUCCUACAUUCCUCAGCACUCCCUGCGGGAGUCCCCGCUCUACAACAGCCUGCAGGAGGUGAAGCGGCACCAGCCCGAGCCGCCCAGCCCCGCCCCGGGACAGCGGCCCCUGCAGGUUCUGGACCUGUGGGAGCAGCACCUGGACCCGGCCACGGGGCGCUGCUUCUACGUCAACAGUGUAACGCAGGAGCGCUCCUGGAAGCCGCCCCGGCGGGCGCGUGACCGCACCACAAACCGGGUCAAUGCGGUGCAAGCAGGAACGUUCCCCCGGGACGCCAACCACCUGUCAGUACUCAGCCCAGACUCAGGGAAUGGCAACAUACACAGGCUCUCCCCUGACUUCAUCUACCGCUCGCAAGAUGCAGACAGUGGCUGGGAGAUAAGACAGAGCAUGCAGCGUGCCGCCUCCUCGGACGCGCUGAGCAGUGCGAGCCACGCCCAGGUCCACAGCCCCGCCCUGCUCAGCCUCUCCCACUCCAUGAUCCUGCCUGACUCCCAGUGCAGGGACCGCUCCUGCCAUCUGACUAACGCAGGCAUGGAUCUCCCCUCCCCUGUCAGCUCCCCAGACUCCGAGAGCUCCACCCCGGAGCUUGAGAAGGCUGGGCUGCUGAAUAAGACAAAGAUUGCAGAAGGGGGCAGGAAGCUGAGAAAGAACUGGAACCCAUCCUGGGUGGUGCUGGUAGGGAACAGCCUUGUGUUCUUUAAGGACCCCAAGGCACAGACACCCUCCAGCUGGAAGCCGGGAAACAGCAAGCCAGAAAGCAGCGUGGACCUGCGGGGUGCUCAGCUGCACUGGGCCAAUGAACUGUCCAGCAAGAAGAACGUAUUCAGGCUGAGGACAGUGACGGGCAACGAGUUCCUCCUGCAGUCGGACACCGACUCGGUGAUCAAGGAGUGGUACAACACCAUUCACAGCGUCAUCGAACGACUGGACCGUGAGAACCCCCUGGACAAUGUGCUGCUGUACUCUCUGCGGAGGGCGGGCAGCGUGGAGAUGCUGGACAACAGCGGGGACGAGGAGGACCCCCUGGGACGCAAGUCUUCACUCCCUCGCUCCAGCUCCAACCUGGAGAACUCAGAGAGGAAAAGGGUGAAGAGCCGGCUGAAGAAGCUCAUUCUGAAGAGGCCCCCGCUGCAGGCCCUGCAGGAGAAGGGCCUGAUCAAGGACCAGGUGUUCGGAUGCAGUCUGGAGAUCCUGUGCGAGAGGGAGAAGAGCACGGUGCCCCGCUUCGUCAGGAUGUGCACGGAGGCCGUGGAGAGGAGAGGCUUGGAGACGGAUGGCAUCUACAGAGUCAGUGGGAACCUGGCUGUCAUUCAGAAGCUGCGUUUUGUUGUGAACCAUGAGAGAGCGGUGAGCACCGAUGGACGCUAUCUGUUCCCUGAGGAACUGGUGCAAGAAGAGAAGCUGAACCUGGAUCACAGCCAGUGGGAGGACAUUCACGUCAUCACCGGGGCCCUCAAGCUCUUCUUCCGGGAGCUUCCGGAGCCGCUGGUCCCCUACGGCUUCUUCACCGACAUCGUGGAGACAGUCAAGAUGUCAGACUACCUGGACAAAGUGGACCGAAUGAAAUGCCUGGUCCUCAACAUGCCCCCGCCCAACCACGACACUAUGAGAUUCAUGUUCCGCCACCUGAAAAGAGUGAUGGAGCACUCCGACAUAAACCGCAUGACGACCCAGAACAUCGGCAUCGUGUUCGGACCCACUCUGAUGCGGCCAGAGCGGGACAAUGGAAACAUGGCCAUCAACAUGGUCUACCAGAACCAGGCUGUGGAGCUCAUCCUCAGCGAAUUCGACCGGGUCUUUGGGCCCGACCCCGCCGGCUCCCUCUGACGACUGGCGGGGAGGGGAGGGGAAGGGGGGGUACUGGCCGAAACCAGCGCUCUGUGACACUCAGCAGCUCCUCCCAGAGGAAAAGACUGGAAAACAGGCAACAGAAAACAAGCUGAAUUAUUUCUCAGGCUGUGCUCUGAUGCCAGGAUCGGUCCCGUCUCCCAGCACGGCAGCAUGAUGCUGUACAGGGUUUACCUGCUGUAGACUCUCUCAUUGUGUUAAUGACGCUGAAUGGCUAAUUCAGGUAGCGAUAUUGUCUGACCCUCUCUGUGAAGUCGAUGAGUUGCCGUUUGUGUGCGUUUAUGUGUGCGUGCCUAUGUAUAUGCGUCUGUGCGUGCGUGUGUGUGUGCGCGUGUGUGUGUGCGUGUGUCAGGGGUGUGGUGACCCACCCCGAGGGAGUGGUUGCAGACUUUAUGGGGCAGGGUGAGACUCUGUUACGCCCCCUAAGCCGGCACUAGGAGGAGACACAGACAGGAUGGGACUAACAGCAGGCCUGGCAGCCCACCUGCGGCCUGCUCCACCAUACCCCUCCUUUCAGAGCUGCCAUCCACCUGUUUAUUCACAGUGACGUCAGCGUGUUUGAUUCCUCUCCACCUCAUGGUGCAGUAAUGUUACUGAAGGAAAAAAAAAAAAAGCUACAGAUUGUUUUACACUCAGGGAUGUAGAACGAGUGGUGUCUUCUACUCUCCCUUUUAACGUGUGGUUUAAUGUGACGAGAACAAGGACUUUUCUCAAGUAAAGUCAUUCAUUGUAAUUGAUUUGGUUGUUUUGGAGGCAGCAGUCAUCUGUGAAUAACCACAAACACCCCCCCGCACCACACACACACACACACACACAAGCACUCAUAUAAACCCAUAGUCUCCUCAAGGAUCCACAGCUCCUUACACCCUCUUAGCCUUUUACUGCCCUUUCAUUUCUGUCUCAUGUAACGGCGUGGCAGAUAUCCAGGCAACCUUUAAAUGUAUUGUAUUUUUGUGGCACAUAAUUUUUUCAUGCAGAUGUGAAAGAAGUCCUCAUGUUUUCAACCAUGCUCUGUCUGUAUUACAAGUGCUUUAGAAAGCAUGCAAAAAAAACCAGGUUCCUGAAACUUCAUUCAAGUACUGAAUCUACAGCUUUAUGCAAAUAAUUGUGUGCGAAAAAGCGACAGUCGAGUGUAAGUGUAAACUGAGCUAAAUUCUUGUUACCCCUACCGAAAUGAAAUUCAUACAAAUGAAUAAUUUAAUAAUUAGAAUGCUUUUUGUGUGUGUUUCCAUGUGUUUUGAAAUGUUUUGUUUUGGUGUUUUCUGUGCACGGUGGUUUGCAUGAGAGAUAGGGGAAGUGUGGAGGUAUGUAUGCCUCUGUGAGAGAGGGAGGAGUUCUCCCCUGUGAUUGGCGCAAAUUCUGCUUUUAAUAACAGAACAAAAGAGGAACUAGAAAUACAUAUGUUUCAAAAAUGUGGAUUCCCCCCCUCCGUCUCCCUUUGUGGCUUUGGUAAUUUUAUAUUGACUGUGGGUUUGGCAGAGGACAAAAAAGAGCCAGAAAGAAGAA